UCAGUUGAAGAAGGACAGACUGUUUUACCGAGAUCAUAUUCAUCCAAUUGCUGGUUAACCUUGGCCUCCACCAUUUGAACGAGUUAAGACAAAUUCUCUGUUUUCUGAAGGAGGGCAAAAUGACUAGUUCAAGUCAAGAAUUAUGCAAAAUGGUCAUCAAGAAAAGCAUCUUAAUUGAAGAUGGAAAUCCUGCUCGAUACCGUCUGCAAACAAGUUCAGACAAUUUAGAUCAAUCUGAACCAUACAGAAAAAUGACCUUUGGAGAGAGAGACACAAACAAACAGCAUAAAUCCAUUCUGAUGGUGGGAGAAACAGGAACAGGAAAAUCAACCCUGAUCAAUACAAUGAUCAACUACAUGUUGGGUGUUCAGAGAGAAGACAAGGUUUGGUUUGAGAUCACAGAUGAUCAGAGUGACCGAACAUCAUCUCACAGUCAGACCUCCAGAAUCACUGUUUAUGGGUUUUAUCUACAAGAGAGUCCAAUCCAUUUAACAAUCAUCGACACUCCAGGAUAUGGAGACACUCGUGGAGUUGAGAAAGAUAAAGAGAUUGCCAAGAGUUUGCUUAGCUUAAGUGAAUCUGAAGAAGGGAUCAAUGAAGUAGAUGCAGUGUGUCUGGUGAUUAAAGCGGCACAAAAUCGGCUCUCAGACAUACAACAAUACAUAUUUGAUGCUGUUCAGUCUUUAUUUGGAAGAGAUAUUGCUGAAAACAUUGUCCUGCUCUUCACACACUCAUCUGGAAUGCCACCUAAAGAUGCCCUGACGGCUGUUAAAGAGGCUAAAAUCAAGUGUGCAGAGAAUGACAAGAAGAAGCCAGUGUUUUUCAUGUUUGACAACUGUCAGUCAGAUGCUGCUGAUGAAGAAUAUAAAAUGAUACAGGAACAAUCAUGGAAUCUCAGUUUUACAGGAAUGGAAGGAUUGUUCAAGUUUCUUGAAAACAUAAAACCAAAAACCUUGCAGAUGACUCGUAAUGUUUUACAAAAACGUAAGCAGUUGACUACAAACAUCUCCAAUCUAAAAUCAAGAGUUCUAAUAAUGGAACUAAAACAAAAUGAGCUGAAACAAACUCAGGAAGCUCUGGAGAAGAACCAGGAAUAUGUCAAGAACAAUAAAGACUUUGAGUAUGAAGUUGAUGUGUCCUACAAAGAGAAGAUUGAUAUUGAUCUUUCUGUAGCAUAUGAGGCGACAUGCUGCACCGUCUGUGAGGAGAACUGUCAUUAUCCAGAUUGCUGGUGGGUCAGAGAUCUCUCAUGGUGCAGCGUGAUGAAAGAUUAUAAAUGUACAGUGUGUACAAAUAAAUGCCACUACAGCAAACACGUCAAAGAAGCAAAAAUAUAUGUAACAAAGACAAAGAAGGAGAAGAGAACAUAUGAAAAACUAAAGAAAGAAUAUGAUGGUAAAAUUGGGAACAGUGUGUCUUUGGUCAAGAAGCUGGAAGAAGAACUACAAGAAUUACAGGUGGAGAAAAUAAAGCUGGUGAUUGAAGCUUUUCACUGUGUGGAAACUCUGGAGAUGAUCGCACUCAAGACUGAUUCUCUGUUCACUCUUCAGCACAUUGAUUUUCUGAUUGAGAAGAUGAAGGAAAUUAAUGAACCUAAAAAAGCAGAAACACUGGAAAACUUCAAGAAGAGAGCAGAAGAAAAAUAAAGAUCUGACUGGGAUACAUAAAAUAUCUAAUAUAUAAACCAAUAUAUAACAAUUACUUAAACUUCAUCAGAACAAUUACAUGAAUACAUGUAUUGAUAUUUAAAUGAACAUCAGUGGCACUUUUUAACAACUUUUUUUUUCUUUUUUUUUUUAAUAAAGUGUGAGUGUAGUGGUACUAUUUUCCUUCACUAACUGAGGUUCUAAAUUUGUCUGUUGGAUUUCUAAAUUAUUAUGAAUAAUUAUAAUUAUGAAUAAACUAAUAGCUACAAUAUCUAAAUACUGUAAUUUAGCUAUUAUAACAAUUAAUGAAUUCUAGAGACUGCUUGAGAUGGGGAAUCUAAAACUUACUAUAAUCACAGAAGGUGUAAAAGGUUUGGUAUAAAAUCAACAAAUAGAGAGAAAGUUACUAUAUUUCAUAACAGAGUAAAACGAAUACUGUUAAAGUCUUUGUACCUUACUGUAAUUUACAGUUGUUUGUAUUCUCUAUUACAUCAGU